UUUUACUUCACUUUAAUGUGUGUAGGAUAUUCUGUAUUGUUUGUUAUGUUUUUUCUUUAAAUGUUUCAACAGUAAAAGUUUUCAUUUCUAUUCAUCAUACAUAAACGGCAGCUUCUUUAAUUUAAUUUGUGAUCGGAAUAUUAUAUAAUGGCAACACCAAGUCCACAACCACCACAAACAAAUGGAAAAACUACACCAAAAUUAUUGGAAACACUUGGAACAUUAGGACGAAAGAAAAAAAUUCGUGAAGCCGAAGCAGUACAAGGAAUUGUUCAAGAAGGAAAACAGGCAAUCGAUGGCAAUGAACAACAUCCAGUUUUUGAUACAUCACCCGAAAGUUUUGUUCUUGCUGAUGGUGAAGAACGUUCAAUGAUCGAACCGGGAAUGAUCAAUAAUUAUGAUUAUCAGGAAUUAAGAAAAAUAUUAAUCAAUUGGAUUAAUGAUGAAUUAAGUGAUCAUCGAAUCAUUGUAAAAGAUUUGACCGAAGAUCUUUAUGAUGGACAAAUUUUGGGAAAACUUGUUGAAAAAUUAAGUGGACAAAAAUUGGCUGUUGUUGAAGUGACACAGAAUGAAGAUUUUCAACGUGCAAAACUUAAAAUCGUACUUGAAAUGGCUAAUCGUUUGCUUGGUCUUGAUGGACAACGUGUUCGUUGGACUGAUAAAGGAAUUCAUAAUAAAAACACUGUUGAAAUUAUUCAUUUAUUAGUUGCUUUAAUACGAUUUUAUCGUGCACCAAUUCGUUUACCACCAAAUGUUCAGAUCAGUAUUCUAAUUAUUCAGAAAUUACAAGGUACCCUACAUAAACGUGUUCAAACUGAAGCAUUAACCGAAGCAUAUGAUGAACUAAGUAAACGUGCCGAACCAAGAGAUGCUUUUGAUAUGAUUUUUGAUCAUACACCUGAAAAAGUUCAUUCAAUUAAACAAUCGGUUGCACAUUUUAUUAAUAUGCAUUUAAGCCGUUUGAAUAUUGAAUUAAGUCCUGUCGAUGAUAUUGAUCCACAUUCAUUCAGUGAUGGUUUGAAUAUUAUUUUUUUGAUUGGCAUGUUGGAAAAUUAUUUUGUACCACUUGGUAAUAUUUAUACAACUGCAUCGGUUGAUCCAAUUGCCGAAGCUGUUGGUACAAAAGAAACGGCUUUUAAAAGUCAUAAUUAUAUGGAAUCAUCACCACAUCAUAAAUUACAUAAUGUUAAUGUUGCUUUGGAAUUGCUUGAAGAUGCUGGCAUCAAUUUAAGACACAAAGUUCGUGCCGAAGAUAUUGUCAAUGCCGAUUUGAAAGCUACAUUACGUGUAUUGUUUAUGAUUUUUUCCAAAUAUAAAAAUAUUCGUUAUUGAAUUUUCGAAAUCAAGGGGAAAAUCCAAUAUUUACAGACUAAUUUUCAAGUGUUCAAAUCAUGUCAUCAUUAUAUCUGUUAC